UUUUCACUUUCCACAAACUUGAAACUCGCUCCUGUCAUUGAGCGUCUAUCGUCGCUGUGAUACUUUAGAUCUGCACGACAUGUGGACGCAGUCUGGACCUGGGCGUGAGGCGCAUUCAGGCGCAUUGAGAUCAGCUGGGCUCGGCCAUCGCUGCAGCUCUGAGCUCCAGCAGCGACGCGGUCAGACUCAACUCUGGAUCUAAAUAUAAAUGCAGCUUUAUAAAUACCUCCGGCUGCACUUCAGCUGAGAAACUGCUCGAGCAGCAAAUCAGACGGGCUGUGUUUCUCUGCAGCAUGGCGGGCUGUGGAGAGAUGGACCACCCGGUGAAUGUCCUGGCUCCUACCAAGCUCAUAGAGGAAGUGGGAGACACUUGUGCCACGGAGUCCUCCACCACCACCUCCACCCCGGAGUGUGCCAUCUGCCUUCAGAGCUGCGUCCACCCAGUACGCCUCCCCUGCUGCCACGUCUUCUGCUUCCUGUGUGUGAAAGGUGCCUCCUGGCACAGCAAGCGUUGUGCUCUCUGCCGACAGGAAGUGCCAGAGGACUUCCUGGAGCGGCCAGUUCUCCUCUCACCUGAAGAACUGAAGGCAGCAGCUGCAGGGGUGAGCCGAAGUGGCGGGACAGGGGGCGGUUCCGGUGGGGACUAUGCGUGGUACUAUGAAGGGCGCAAUGGCUGGUGGCAGUAUGAUGAGAGGACCAGCCGUGAGCUGGAGGAGGCGUUUUCCAGGGGCAAGAAGAGCACAGAGAUGCUGAUUGCAGGGUUUCUUUAUGUGGCCGACCUGGAGAACAUGGUGCAGUUUCGCCGCAAUGAGCAUGGCCGCAGGCGCAAGAUAAAGAGGGAUGCUGUAGACAUCCCCAAGAAGGGUGUGGCAGGACUGAGGUUAGACCCUGAUCCUCCCACCACCCCUGCUUCGCCAAUUGUCACGCCAGCUGCAACAGAACGCGUCAGCUCAGCAGAUGGAUCAGACACUGCAGGACAAUCGCAACCGUCAUCAUUUGGCAUUUUGUCUCUCCCCCCUGUUAGACCUCCAACACUCCUGGGGCGUCAUCUCACAAGUCCUUUCCCUCCCUCACUCUCACCCCUCGAAGACUCUUUCUCCCAGCUCCUAAUUAGCCAACCAGAGGGGGAAGAGGUGGAAGGAGAUGGUGAGCUCCAGACAUACGAGUAUGCAUCUGGCAACAGUGAGAGUGACGAAGAAACAGAGAGCGAGAGAGGGAGAGCAGCUUUGGUUCCACAGAGAAGACUUAGACAGAGACCGCUAAGAGAGAACCACCCAGCCAGAAUGCCUCCCCGGGGCGGACCCUCCAACUCCGCACUCAGUCUCCGCUCACGUAGUCCAGAUGGACAGUGCACUGUGACAGAGGUGUGACUGCACCAGUGGUGUCUAUCCUCCAGACAACACACAUUAAACUAAUCAGUUCAGCAAAAAAACCUUUGAAAUCUAAUAUGCAUCUUUUGAAGGUCCCUUGAAAUUAAAAAUCAAUCAUUGAAGUUGUGUUUCUGUCAUUUGAGCCGUUUUCAGAUAUGACCUACGGGUAAUAGCUUGUGUGGCUCACAGCUGUGUGCUCGGAUGUGUGGACUAAUAUUUAAGUACUUAACAUCUGAGAAACUCAUGGUCAUCUUUGUCAUGCUCCAAAAACAGUAACACUAUUACAGCCAUUUCAUGGGACCUUUAACACAUCUUUUUGUUCUUCUAAACUAGUUUUGGGCAGCAAUAUGAAGCAGUGGUAGUCGUGCAUCACUCCCAGCAAAAGUCUUGUUUCCAGGCUAAAAAAUGCUGUGAGAAAAUCUAUCACCUCUUUGAUGGGCAUCAAAAAAAAAAAACUACCAUCAGUCCCUGCAUUAAUAUCAGUGUGUGACAGCGCAAUACGACAAAACUAGUCCCUCUGUGUUCUCUGUUCUUUUGACCUCAUGUUUGAUUCUCUUUUUGGAGUGAUUAUAUAAAAAUGAAGUUUCUGUGUAGCACCUUAUGUACCAAUAACAGAUGGUAUCACAGAUUUCCUGCUUUGCUGAUUUUGGUUUAUGGAGGUGAUGAAGUUUUAAUUAGUAUCCAAUGAUGAACUAUUUAAGCGUGUGCGUGCGUGCGUGUGUGUGUUUAAGUUUAUGACAGAGAAGCUGAGUUCUUUUACUUUUAGUGUAAAACUCUUGUCUGAAUAAUUACUUGUGUGUUUUGUGUUUGUGUGAAUGGUGUUGGGUGCUAAAAGCUACUGGCAGAACCACUGGAAAUAUUUCGGCUAUAUAUGUAGAGUGACACAUUUGGAUCUCUAUUUGUCGUCGCAGUACUCUCCAUAGGGCCACUAUCUACGCACUGACACUGACAUGUACUUUGGAAGAGCUCAAGCUGUCCUCACACGCUCUGUUUUCUUCUCCUUUUGCUCCAGCUGCUAUUAUUUUAACUGUGAACUCGUCAUGGUCGGUGUCUUGCUGUCUGAAUGACCUUAAACGGUCUUCUGUCUGUCUGGUGUUGCCCCUGUGGUCUUUUUGUCAGCGUAUUAAAAGUGUUAUGAUUUGAAAACACAUGUUGUCUGUUU